AAGGAUAAUGUGGUUAUGGAUGAUAUGUGGAUCGAGAAGAGUAGAAAGCAGAAGGGUGAGCGGCGAGGCUCCGUAUCGCAUUUGAAUGGUUUGGAGUGGGAGAUUUUGGUGGUGGAUGAGCCUAUAGUCAAUGCAUAUUGCUUGCCCGGCGGGAAGAUUGUGGUCUUCAGAGGGUUGCUCAAUCAUUGUAAAAGUAAUGCUGAAUUAGCAACCAUAAUUGGUCAUGAGGUUUGAGAAACAAUUUUCAAGUUGGACAUGCCAUCGCUCGACACACUGCAGAGGCCCUCACAAAGGACAUGUGGCUUGUCAUAUUUCUACUCGUUUUUCUUCUGUUUUCAGCAGAUUUCCUGUUUGUAGAUGGGCAAGACAAUGCAAAAUUACUGAAAGGUUUAUGGAAUUUAAGCAGCGUUGUAUUUACACUUCCAUUUUCUCGAAGGAUGGAAAUGGAAGCGGAUUACAUAGGGCUGUUGUUGCUUGCUUCAGCUGGAUACGAUCCCAUGGUGGCUCCAGGUGUGUACAAGAAGUUGAGCGGGACUGCUGGUGGAUCUGCAAAAUGGGAAGAUUAUCUAUCUACCCAUCCUUCAGGGGAAAAGCGAGUUGAAAACCUGAGUCAAGCUAAGGUCAUGGAAGAAGCACUCUCUAUAUAUCGGGAUGUAAAACAAGGGCGUGGGGUUAAAGGGUUUCUUUAG